AUGGGACGAACUUUGACCUACCCUAAGAGGGUUUCCAACACUGCCAACCGGUACAAGCAUCGAGCCACAUAUGACCUGGGUCCAAUCCAUUCAAUCAUCAAUGACUCCCAAGUUCUCCAUGUAUCCUUCAACCCAGGGCCAGAUGACCCAUUCCCCGCAAUCCUCCCAAUGAUAGGACAAAUGGGAUCAUUCGAGUUUCCCUCGGCGAGCAUCGAUGAGCCUCUAGAGUGCUACCUCCACGGCUACGUCAGCUCACGGAUUAUGAACCUAGCCCGCAGCUGCAGCGAUGGCGAGGGCCUCCCCAUCUGUGUAGCAACAAGCAAAAUAGACGGGCUGAUCCUGUCGCUCACGCCCAACUCGCACAGCUACAACUACCGCUCUGCCAUCCUACACGGCUACGCGACUCUCGUCACAGACGAGGAAGAAAAGCUCUGGGCUAUGAAAUUAAUCACGAACUCUGUCCUCGCGGACCGCUGGGAUCAUUCGCGUGUGCCACCAGACCGUGCUGAGAUGCAGUCGACUGUUAUCCUGAAGGUAAAGAUUGUGGAUGGCAGCGGCAAGAUCCGUGAUGGCGGCGUUUCGGAUGAGCGUAAGGACUACGACAACGAGCAGGUCACCGGCAGUGUCUGGACUGGUGUUGUUCCGGUCUGGGAAACAUUUGGAACCCCGAUUCCAAGCGGUGAUAGUAAGGUCGCUGAAGUGCCCGAGUAUAUUAAUUCGUAUAUCGCUAGCAAGAACAGUCGGAACAAAGCUCUGGCGGAGGGCGCAGUGAAGGUUCAGCUGCCGGCUGAGGAGCAGCACUGA